CCAACAAAACCCUGCACAUUUAUGGGUUCCAGCCAUCUAUUUAAAAAUGCUCCGUGGGGUUGUUUAGUGGGUUCAUUACUGUAGAAAAAGUCCUCCCUGCUUACUUACAGCAACCUAGGAAGCAGAGCAGAGGCAGUUAUGUCUGAGCUUGUGGGAAAUCCUACUGACUAUAUAUGGACAUCCUGUCUUUCAAUCCAAAAACCCAAGUUUCACUUUCCAGUAAAGGGAAGAAAGUAACCGUCACUGGCAGAGCUAACCAAUGAGCAGACAUCUACUCGAGUUUCCGACCAAUGAAAGUGAAAUUCACCCAGAGGGUACAUAACUGAGGACUACUGCCUCUAGACAGCAGACAUGUGGUACAGCAGAGUGCAGAACUUGACAGAGAAAUCAGCAGCUAUGAAGCUAAUGCGACCAGAUAUUAAAGUGCUUUAUUUUGCCAGUGGUUGUUUGGAGCCUUAUGUUGAGAUUAUCACAGUGAAGGACUCCAAGCGUCGCCUCAGUCUGUGCAGCUCAGUGGAGUCUGAACCAGAGGAGCAGGAGUACCAGGAAGUUGAUGAUGUUCUCCCUGUCCUGAGCAGCCAGAGCCAGCUGUUAGAUGAUCACCACCUACAGAGACUGGCUGGUCACAUGCCACCAAGGACCCAGGGCUAUCCGUGGCAUCUGGUCUACAGCACAGCCAUCCAUGGGAGCAGCCUGAAGACACUCUACAGGAAUAUGUCUGGUCUGGACAGUCCUGUGCUGCUGGUCAUCAAAGACAUGCACAAAAAGGUGUUUGGAGCUUUUUCAUCUGAUCCAUUCAGAGUCAGUAAAUACUGCUACGGCACUGGAGAGACCUUCCUCUUCAGCUUCAACCCCGACCUCCAGCUAUACAGGUGGAGUGGGGACAACUCCUACUUUGUGAGCGGCAACCUACAGUCUCUGCAGAUUGGUGGAGGAGGAGAUGGCUUUGGCCUGUGGCUGGAUGCUGAUCUGUAUCAUGGUGCAAGCUUUUCCUGCCCUACCUUUCACAACGCACCUCUUUCUACACAUGAAGAUUUUAUCGUGCACGACGUUGAAGUCUGGACUGUGCAGAAUUGACUGAGAACGCCUGAAAAGGGCAAAUAUAAAACAAAGCUUUCCUGAACGGAUCUACAAGCUUUCAAGACUUCAUGGAAGAAAUGUGGUUCAGCCACUGCUUUUCCCUGAGACAGCAGUCACCAUCAUCUGUACAGCGGGGUCAGAUUAGCCCACGCUCAGUAUGAAGUCUACUGGACUGGCUCUCAGACCAGGUCUUUCUACUUGGUUUAACUUAAUCUGUAAAGGACGAGUAGAAACUUGAAAUCCAGGUUCCUGCUGAGUUGAAAUACCACCUGUUCAUCAGCAGCUCUUUGCUAAGCACAGAGAGUAACCGGCUUAUCAAGCUUUAAACUGUCUAUGGCUUUGAUUAUGGAUUAUGGGUCAAAGUUCACCCAAAAAUGUGUUAUUGAAAAGUCUGCAGUUGUUGUAAGUCCACUCAGGAUUAGAAUAGUUUUUAUGUAGCUUUUAUUAGGGAUUAAUUUAAUGGUUAAUAGUAAGGGGGGUUGUUAGAAUAAAUGGUAAAGACACUGUAACAUGAAAGGUGCCAAGUGGUUUUAAUGCUCACUCCAUGAGAAAACUACAGCAGAAGGUGAAGAAAAAAUAAUCGCACUACAAACAAAUUUCUGUCUCAUCUGUGAUGUUUGCUGUUUUUUUUUUUUUUUUUACUUUGGAAUACUGUAUGAAAAAAUUCUAGGUAUUUUACAAUUUUUGCAUAUUUUUAUAUCAUUCUAGUUUUUCAAAUAUGUUUUUAAAGCAAGAAACAA